AUGGCACCUAAACCCGUACCGCCUGAGACACCUCCACAUGAUCCUUAUGUGCCAACUUAUCUAUUCCCUACUAUAUCUGACCCCGACCCUCCAGCCCUAACCUUACCCCAGGCCGAGCCUUUUCGCAUCUAUGAACGUCGGCGAAAACGCGUUCCUGUUCACACCGGUGCAUCAACCGUCCCAAAUGAGGCCACAUCCGCCUCCCCCAUGGCCCAAACAACCCCUCAUGCGGUCCAAACAACCCCUACCAAAUCCCAACCAACUUCUACUGCAGCCCCAUCUAUUGUUCGGUCUCGUCCUGCAAAUUUGCAUCCAAACCCAAAACAGGUGCAACACUUUACACCUUCGGCCUUCCAUGCAUCCACUACUUUCGAACACUUUACACCUUCGGCCUUCCAUGCAUCCACUACUUUCGAACAGUGGCAACAAGCAAUGGCUGAUGAGUAUGCCGCUCUUAUUCGCAAUGGAACUUGGACGCUUGUUCCUCAUAGAGAAACUGCUAAAACUGCUAGACAACAACUAAAGAAAGACGUCUACUCAACACUGUUUCACUUGAAUGUUCCUUCUGUCUGUGCAAUCAAUCAGGGGUAUUUUGGUCUUUUUGGUACAUACUGGAGAACUGCAAACGUUUUGCAUCAACCAGUGGCAAUUUGCCUUGAGCAUUGCCAUGCUGCAGGAUUAACCCCUAAUGAAACUUGGUUCAACAUGAGAGUGGAAAAAGCCUCACCUUUCAGAACAAGGAGAAGAAUUGAAUUUGAACGAACCUGUUCUUCCGAUUCAAACAGAGAUAUAAACCAGAAAAUUGCAGGGAAAGGAGAAAGAAGAAACAGGCUAGCCCUUGGUGACAUCAGAAAAAACCACAAGAAGAAGCUGAAUGAAAUCUAUGUUGAUCCUAAAAACAUUUCAAUUCAUUUUGAUAGGUAGAAGAUGUUCAUCUUGUGGUUGAUCCAUGGCUGAAGAAAGAGACCGCAUUAACAACUGUAGGACCUCGGGAAACUGCUUUUUCUCAGAUUAUAAAGCAGAUAGGGAAGUUUGACUUCUGUUGACUUCUUAGUGUUAAUAUAAUAUCUCAUAUCAUGAUCUGACAUUUAGUAUGAUUGAAAGGGCACCAAAACCUAACACAAGGUCUUUUUUUUGCUUUAUUAUAGGAGAGUUUGCUAAUGUUGUACAAAAGUAACAGUUAAUUUGAGGGUUUUCAUGGUACUACAUAUUUAACAUGGGAGCUACUGCACUUUUCACAGAAGCAGCAACAACAGCAACUAGUUUUUGCACUAGUGAGCCAUUUGUGAAAGAAGAUGAACUCAAGUUGAUGUUUGAGGUUGCAACGUUGAUUCUGGUUUUUGAAGAAGAGCAAAUACGUAUGGCUCAAAAUACACCCAGAUAGAAAAGGAAGAAUGAAGAUAGACACACUUGGUUUUGGUUUGGGCAUUUUUAAUGGGAUCUAAUUCAUACAAAUACAAUUCCACACGCACAGAGAGGCUAGUAUUUCCGGGGAACAGACUAGAAGUUUUCAGUGGCAGUAUGUUAUUGUAGUUUUAUCAUCUGGUCUAGCAUUCUUUCCUCUAUACUUCUAUAGUGGAGGAGUCCGGGAGUUUCCUCUAUACUUCUUAAAAGUUCACUUAAUUUAUUAAAUGAUGUUUUUUUUUUUUUUUUUUUUUUUUUUUUUUUUUUUUUUUUUUUUAAAUUUGUGUUUGGGCUUUGGUUCACAUAAAUCAGUGGUCUUUCUCUUUACUCAUUGUGGAGGUUGUGUGAAACCCCAUGCUUCCUAUCCACAUAUGUAGUUGUGCUUCGGUAGUUAAAAUUCUCAUGCUAUUCUUCGGGGGAAUGAAACACAACUUGCAAAACAAGGUUUUAGGAUUUUUGUUGGGAUCUUAUUCAUACGAUUCAACAUAUGCAGAGAAGCAGUAUGUUGUGUCGGUUAAGACAUCAUAGUACCAAUGGCAGAUUUAUGAGCUCCAGCGAGCGACGAUAACCAACGCCUUUGUCAAUCAUUGUUAACAAGAUCAAAAUACCUUCAGACCCAUCGUCGAUCACCACCUAGUCUUAGUUCUGGAGUCAAAAAGUUGUUUCGGCUUCACUUUCUAAUGUCGACAUCAUGUUUAGAUCCGGUCAGAACUAGUGUAUGUGGUCCAAAUUUUCUAGAUCUGUUUUAUGUGGUGCUAUCUGAAGCUAUAACAGUGAUACCGCUGGCCGAUGGUGGUUCCAACACCGUAGAUCUGUUCCUACACCGCCACCUCCUCCAUUUCUUUCUAUGUGAUCUUCGAUGAAACACAUCAGGUAUAUCGAUUUUUCUUUUGAUUAUUUUUCCUUUUGUUAAGCUGUAAAUUUAAUGUUUUUUUAAUCUCUCA